UCUCUUUCCCUGUAGAAACGUCUGAAAGCUGAUAAUGGCAAGAGGGCUAACGUUAUCCUGCAUAGCCACGGGCUUGCUGCUUGCAAUCGCAUUAUUACCAGACUUUCUGGGGGCUGGUCCAGUGGGGGAGCGUGUGAAAGGAGACGUGGGAGAUGCAGCACCAGAAGAGGCUGCCAGUUCAUCUGUCUUGAAGAAACUGGCACGGAAUAAGAGGAACGUAAACUGGUACACGCAGCUCCCAGACUUCUGGACCUGGUACAAAUUUUAUAUGAACACUGGGAAUCAAGAGGGGGUGGAGGACCUUGACCGCAUUUACCUCAAUUACCUGCAGAACAAACAUCGGGUGGAGGAGGGCAGCCCCUCCUUCAACCACUAUCUCCAUCACCUGGGGGAGAUCUACAAGAUGUGUGCCGACUCCGACGACCCAGAAUGCCUUGCUGAGCAGACCAGCAAACCCAAGGCUAAGGUUGUGAUGCCCAAGCCAGCCCCAGUGAGGGCUGUAUGUGACCCGUUCACAGAUCCCUAUUGCCUUUUUGCCAGAAUGGUGGCUGCCAAAUUUCCAAGCCCAGCCCCACCACCACCACCACCUCCAGGCCCAGUCAAAGCUCCUGCCCCCAUUCUAACUCCUCUGCUACCUCUGUCUGGUAAAGUUCCCCUGGGUUACUACUAUGCCCCAGUUCUCGAGCCCUUCCUGCCGGCCGAACAGCGGACCGAACUUCUGCGCAUCUGCGACGCUUCUGACGUUGAGUGUCUGCAGUACCACCUGCGUGCUGCGUACGGCUAUAGGCCGGCUCCGGGGCCCGCUCCCUCCUACGCGCACUUGGCCUGCGACCCAAAGACUAACCCCUACUGCAAACCCACCUUAGUGCAGAAGGCCCCAUCAGGACUCUACCACCUGUACCCGACCUGUGACCCGGACAUUGACCCCUUCUGCAAGCCGGGCGCGCCGGCUCCUGCAGCUCAAACCGCAGAGAAGUCUGACGAGGCCCCCAAGGAGCAGAACUGCAAUCCUCUCUUUGACGACAACUGCAACCCCCUCACUGCUACCAGGCUGGCUGGUAUCACCAGGCCUGUCUUAGAGUACCCCCCCAAGGAAGCACCUGCCCCAAACCUUGCCUGCGACCGUCGCUAUGACCCCUACUGCCUCAUCGGUGCCAGUGCCGCCCUGCUAAAACCACCACCUCCCCUGCCCCAGGCCCAGACCCGCACCCGUUUGGGCUUCAAGGGCAAGACAAAGGAAGGCUAUGACUGCUACCUGUUCUACGACGAGGGCUGCUUCCCGCCAGGCUCCCAGGGUGAAGGCAAAGCUCCAGAAGCCCCUGCCGCCGACGGCCCUGACUGCCACCCCUACGACCCCAGCUGCGGCAAGUUUGCCCCCCCGUCCCCAAGCGCCCUUCAGGCCAGCAGACCGGCUAAAGAUGGCGUGAUCGAGCCCCACCCCGACUGUGAUCCAGAGUACGACUAUAACUGCCGCUUACGGCGCGCCGAACCUGAGGCCGCUGCUCCCGCGGCAGAGGAGGCGCCCCAGGAGAGCCAGGCAGUGGAGGAGCCCAAGGACCAGCCCGUCCACCAGGAGGAGCUCCACCAGGAAGCUCCCGGGUUCGAUCCCUACCAGAGCGGCCAGGGGGACCCCCACGCUGCCUAUGUGGCCCAGGACCAUGCUGUCCCUCGCUUUGAAGACUUCCUUAGGGGAUAUGCCGACCAGUAUGGUAGAUACGACUCUUUUGCUGGAGGUUACAAGAAGAAAUAAGAACACCCUAAGAAAACAUUAGGAACCCAAUGUUUAAACAUGUGUUUGAUGCACACAACUCUCUCUCACACACACACACACACACACACAGAUCAAAAUGUCAACCUGGCCAGUCUCGUCUAUACCACAAUCCUGUGCUGCAAAGGCAGUAGGCCAAGGGGAGACGAGGUGUGGGGCGUCUGCAUCAGUGAAUCUGAUUCACUCAGUCACAGUACAUGAAGUUCACACCAUUACUGCCUGAUGUGUGUAGAAAAUAACCACAUAAUGAACAUUCUCAUAGGUCCUUUGGCCGAAGAGAAGACCAUGUGAAACCUGCCUGGCCUUGUGUUUUUUUAAAACACAAUGUCUGUAGUUAUGAGCCUUUGUAUUCUUGUGAUUUUU